AUGUGCUUUCUCUUUCAAUAUCGCAAUGUAUUGACUCGACAGGGCAGCUCAGUUAGCCCCCUACUGUUCAAACACGGUAGGCUGACAGCGCGUCGCGUCUUUCUCCAAGAUUCGAGAUCUUCCGUACAUCGAACAUUCGCAUCAAUUGCACCACCUCCACUGGUUGAGGAUGUGGUUGAAGUGCCAGUCGGUGGCGCUGGUUCGAUUACGCUGACGAUACUACGGCCAUUGACGGAUAAUGCGCAAGCAAACCCAAAGGUGAUCUUGUAUUUGCCUCGGGGUCCCAUUUUUCAAAAUGAAUCAGUGGUCGGCGUCAAAGAUCAUAGGACUCUAGAUUACUCGUCCCAUGAUGAUGAUCAUGACACCAUGAUCUCAAGCAGUCUGUUAAGAGGUAGUCUCUCCACGCCGCAAGAACUGAUGGCUGCAAUCACGGGGGCGAAUGUCGUCACGGUCAACUACCGGCUAGGAUAUACAGAUACAAACACAAAGUUAUCAAAUUCAGAUAAUGGCCGGAUUCGCCCAUUCUACAGAUACCCUACUCCAGUUCACGACACGCUUGCUGGACUGGAUUGGGUCUUACAGACUCUUCGUCCUGGGCUGUUAUUUGUCUUUGGAUCAAAUAUUGGAGGGUCCCUAGCUACUAUGCUUUCAUUAACAGAAUCCCAACAUAUACACGUCGUUGCAGCUCAUGAGCCCGUCUGUGACUGGACUGGUCUUGACGACUAUUGUACCAUUGAUCCCCAGAUAUUUACUGGAUCUGGCCACACUAUUGGCGGGAAUAAACUGGUGAUAGUCGCAGAGGGUGAUGAAAUGCAAAAAUCCUCUGCACAACCGACCCAGACAAAGCAACCAUCAAAGCACAGAAGAAAAGCUGCACCAUCUGAUCUCGUACCUCUACUCAAUACGAGAAGGUAUCUAUUUGAUUCCCCUUCCAAAUACUUUGAUCCCUUUGCCUCACCCAUGCUUUUCCUACGCUCUGCUGGUAAAGAUGUUCCAAAGGUCAUACCCGAAUAUUUUACGGGAACGGAGUACCCAAUCCCUUUGUUAAAGACGCCAAUUGAUGAAGAAGAGUUGAUUGACUUGUGGGAUAUUCAUAUACAUACAGAGGAUGAGCCAAGAGUUAGUGAAAAUGAGAACGCGACGCCGGUGGAAGUUGAGGAGCGACCAUCACGGCGUCGCAAAGCUCUCUCGCGAUGGCCUCCGUACGGCCUGGAUACUGGCAAUGACGGUGGUGGUAGGGGAUUCACCAAAUCCACGCGGCUUCAAAUUAAUUUGCCUUGGAUGAAAUUCUUCGCGCGACUGGGAUCUAAUAAAGAUGUUCCUAUGCCUUUUCAAAGUCUAGAGUCAGUCACCAAUUCAAAUGAAAAUGAUGGUCCUUCGCCGAAACACAGAACUUCAAGAAGAUCAGCAACUGAGAACAAUUCUGUUUUGGCGACCCAAGCUAAAGAUAUGGUGUCUGUUAUGCGUCGUGCAUGUUUCUGGGGAGAAGACGCUGGGAAUGGCGAGGAGAGAGUGACAUUGCGUAACGUGACUCGUACCACAACGGCCGAUCAUAACGAGCAACUUCAACUCACGGACCCAAAUUAUCUGGAGACUGUCCACGAAAGUGCAAACUGGUUUAAAGAGAUGAUGUAUAAAUCUCGAUAUCCCUAG